AUGAGGAACUCCUGCCUGGUGGAACUCCCGCUAGCCAGACUUGCUGCCUUUUAUUGUGUGGGGAUCUCUGCUGUGUGCUGUUCUUUCUUGAAGGACUGUCAAAGCUUAUGUACAAGUAACCUGGAAGGAGAACCUGGAAUUGCUCCCCUUUGCAACGUUAGUGACAUCACUGGGGCGUGCACACAGGGAUGCCAGCUUUGGAAUGCAACAGUGCAAACCCAGUGCCCACUGAAAUGUAACCAGACAUACAGCAGAGCAUGUGAGACAGUUUCCUGUAAGUUUGGCUGUAGCCGUGCAGAGGAUGCAUAUGGAGUUGAAGCACAGAACUGCUUGAACAAGCCUGAAGCACCGUUUGCAUCUACCAUUGGAAACCACAGUGUCACACUACGCUGGAGUCCAGCUAACAUCUCUGAUGUAAAAUACAUUAUUCAGUGGAAGUUCAAUGAGCUCCCUGGAGACUGGAGGUACACAGAGGUAGUAUCUGAAACCUACUACAGAGUCAAAGACCUUCAACCCUUCACAGAAUAUGUGUUUCGAGUAGUUUGGGUCAUUACAUCUCAGCUGCAGCUCCACUCUCCACCUAGUUCCAGUUACCGGACACUUGCUUUUGGAGUUCCUACAACAGCCCCUAUCAUUAAAGACAUUCAGAGUUCAAGUCCAAGCACUGUUGAAGUUAGCUGGCUUCCACCACUUUUUCCCAAUGGGCUGAUUGUUGGAUAUAACUUGCUCCUGACCAGUAAGAACCAUCAACUGUUGAGAGCCUCAAGAGGGAACAGCUUUCAGUUCUAUUCCACCUUCCCAAACACCACUUACAGAUUCAGCAUUGUGGCCGUGAAUCAGUUCGGUGAUGGACCCUCUGCUGAAGCCAACAUCACAACUCCAGAAUCCAAAGCUAAGGCAAAAACAGGAUGGCUCUUCCUAUCCAGAAACCAGUCUUUAAGGAAGAGAUGCACAGAGCAAUUCCUUGAAGCUGCCCAGUGCCUGCAAAAUGGUAUUGUACACCACAACAUCACAGGGAUUUCUGUGAAUGUUUACCAGCAAGCUGUCUAUUUUUCUGAGGGCCAUUCCAUCUGGGUGAAAGGAGCUGCAAAUAUGUCUGAUGUGUCUGACCUAAGGCUAUUUUUUGCUGGCUGGGGGAAUAUUACAUCCAUCUCGGUGGACUGGCUUUACCAGAGGAUAUACUUUGUCAUGAAUGAAAAGAUACAUGUCUGCCAGUUACAGAACUGCACAGCAGCUGAAGACAUCACUCCUCUUUAUGUGACCUCCCCUCUGAAGGUCAUAGCUGAUCCCUAUAAUGGCUAUAUUUUCUGUCUCCUGAAGGAUGGUAUAUACAGAGCAAACCUUCCACUCCUUCCUGGCACUGCCUCCCCAGCUUCACCAGUAGUGAAAUCCAGUGCUCUGAGGGACUUCAUGAUCAGCUUCCAGUCUAAGAGACUUAUUUUCUUCAACAAAACAGAGCAGACCUUUGUGUCAGGCUUUCUUGAUGGCUCAGAGCUUCACACGCUGCGAUCCCACGUGCCAUUCAAUGACAUGGAGAGCUUUGCUUAUGAGGAUGACACAUUCACUGUCACAGAUGGCACUGCAGUUUUCCUUGAGGAGGUCUCUCCAGGGGGCAGUUCUAACUUCAAUGAGUAUGUGGUGGACUGCAAUUUGGCACACCCAGAGUACUUGGGCUUUGGCAACUUGCUUUUCUAUGGGGCAUCAACUCAGCCUUUUCCCUUUCCAACCCCUCCUCGGCUUGUCACGGUGCUAUUUGGAUCGGACCAAGCUGUGAUCAGCUGGAGACCUCCUGAACGUGCUAUUGGAACCAGUCUAUCUGCUUGGCAGAACUGGACCUAUGAUGUGAAAGUGUCACCUCAGCAUUCAUCUGAGAAGGAGAGAGUCGUCUCAAACAUCAGUGACACCAGGUUUACAGUGAAGGAGCUGGUCAGCUCCACAGUAUAUGAAGUGUCAGUCAGAGCUGUGUCUCCUGCUGGUGAAGGGCCAUGGUCAGAAUCAUUUAGAGGCACAACUUUACAAGAAGCUGGAGAAGAACCAUAUAUGUUGGCAGUGGGGGCUGAAGGGCUCUGGAAGCAGCAGUUGGAUAGCUAUGGGCCAGGAGAACUCCUCAAUCCUCAUAUAAGAAAUAUUUCAGACCUCGAUUGGUAUAACAACACUCUUUACUGGAUUAAUUCCAUGGGGGAAGUUCAGAGCUGGUCACUGAACACAAAAGAGGGUACCCCUGAGAACACUUAUGUGCCUGAUGUCAGAAAUGCAAGGGUCUUGGCCUUUGAUUGGUUGGGUCGGUGCUUGUACUGGGCUGGCAAAGCAAACACGAUCUAUAGAAAACCACUGCUGGGUGGCCAUACGGAUAUCGUGGCUCACGUCGUGUUCCUUGUGAAGGAUCUGGUGGUGGAUUCAGUGAAUGGCUAUUUAUACUGGGCCACAACGUAUUCAGUGGAAAGUGCAAGACUGAAUGGAGAGGACUAUCUCCUGUUGCAAGAGCAGCUCCAGUUUUCUGGAAGACAGGUGGUUGCUUUAACGUUGGAUCUCACCUAUGGUUUUCUUUACUGGCUUGUGCAAGAUAGUCUACACCUAAACCUGUACAGAGUUUCUCUCUGCAAAGAAGGUUGUGGUGAUGCUACCAUCACAGAAUUGGCAGCAUGGAGUACUUCAGAAAUAUCUCAGGCUGCACUGGAGUACUACAGUGGUCGUCUGUUCUGGAUUAAUAGCCUUCAGUUCCUUACAACUCAGGAAGUCAAUCAGAGCCUUAGCAUUCCCUUCUCACAACCAGCAGAGUUUGCAGCCUUUACCCUCGUUCACACAUCACUUAAACCUCUGCCAGGGAAUUUUUCUUUUGCACCAAAAGUGAUUCCAGAUUCAGUGCCAGAGUCCUCCUUCAAGAUUAAAGGAAAUUCUUCGUGUUUCCAUGUCACUUGGAGUCCCUCCACAAAUGUGGAAUGGGGAACUGUCUUAUACUGUGUGGGAUCCAAAGCUCUACAAGUGAGGACUCUGGAGAGUGAACAGUGCCUGCAUCCCCAUAACCUGACAGUGCCAUCCUACCAAGUUGAUUGGCUGGAACCAUUUGCACUCUUUGAUUUUACUGUCACUCCAUACACAUACUGGGGCAAGGCACCAACAACAUCUGUAUUGCUUCGAGCCCCUGAAGGAGUUCCUUCAGCCCCUACAAGCCCUAGAAUAUAUGUGUCUCCAAAUAACCUGCAUGAAAGGGAUGGGAAAGUCCUUGUGGAGUUGAGGUGGGACAGACCUGAAAGGAACAAUGGGAUAUUGACACAUUUCAGGGUUUACUAUCAGCUAUUGAGUGACACUGCUAACACUUCCAUGGAGUGGAACACAAGCAAUGUUAGACCCACCCUGAUGCUCCUUUCUCUCAGGGAUGUGCUUCCCAACAUCACAGUAAGGUUUCAGGUACAAGCCUUCACCUCUGUGGGUCCAGGACCUUUGUCUGCAAUAGCAGAGAGGAGAGCAUCAGAUCUUUUCCCUGUCCCAACUCUUCUAACAGUUUCUGCCAACAAGUUAUUUCUUACUGACAUAGACAACAAUCGUACCAUAUGGGAACAUUCAGCUAAGACAAAUAUAAAGGACAUCUGCUACACUGCUGAUGAUGACAGAGUGUACUACAUCGUAGAAGAUUCUCUUUUGAUUCAGAGUAUACAGACUGCUUCAGAGUCCCAGUUUUUCCAAGACCCAUAUCUUCACAAUGCCACAGCCAUCACAGUUGACUGGAUUGCAAGACAUCUCUUUGUUGCCUUGAAAACACUGUGGAAUGAAACUCAAAUAUUUGGUUUUGAUCUUCAGCUCAAGAUCAAAUCUCUAAAAGCCUUGAACAUCCAGUUGGGUAAAAAUUCAACUGUAUCAUCUCUGUUCUACUAUCCUUUCUUAAGCCGCUUGUACUGGAUGGAAGAGCUUGAUUGUGGCAGCCACGUGCUUUACUAUGAUAUGCUGAAUGACACUGUGCACCACAUUUUGGGAUCCAUAUCAGAACAAAUGAGGACCUCCUGCACCUGCAACGUGGCAGAAGCAGAGCUAGGAAGAGCUAUGCAUGUAGAUGUGUCUGACUCCAAGAAUCCUCAGCUACUCUUUGUCAGAGGCAGAAAUGAAAUAUGGGCCUCAGAUGUGGAUGGUUGCCACUGCUGGAGCAUGACAAAAAUACCGAGUUUUCAAGGUAAGAAAAUUGUCAGCCUGACUGCAGAUAAGGAAUUCAUAUACUGGAGCACUGAAACAAAAGAAUGUGCUGAAAUUUGGCUAGCAAAUAAAGCCAGCACAAGACACUUUCUGCACGAAAGAGCAAAUCAUGAACUGAAAAUCUUAGCCUACAGCUCAGCAGCACAACUGUACCCAGAUAAAAGAUGCCUGACUCCGUUGCCAAACACUGAGAAACCUACUAUCCUUGAUACAACAAACACCAGUUUUACAUUAAGAUUGCCACCUGUCACACCACAGGAGUUAUGUCCUGGCAUCUUUCAGCCUACGCCAACCUAUCUGGUAUUCCUCAGGCAAAUGACGAAUGACUGCAGGAACUCAAGCCUCUGUUUCUCUGACCUACAGCAAAAAGUAUUGGAAUUUCAGGGUCUUACAGCCACCAUAAUCAACCUACAGCCAUUUUCAAGUUACCUGAUACGAGUUGCAAUAAAAAACUACUAUUCAGAUGAGGAAGUGUUGCCUACAGGAGAAGAGACAAUUGGCACAACUCUGUAUGGAGUACCAGAGGCAGUUGAUUCCAUUCAGGCAGUGGUUUUGUCUGACACCAUCAUUAACAUAUCUUGGAGUGAGCCUCUGAAGCCAAAUGGACCUGUAGAAUCCAUCCGCUAUCAAAUCUCUGUCAAUUUGUUAUCUCCUGUCCCAGCGACGCCCUUCAGGAAAAGUGAAUUUCCAAAUGGGACACUUGCCUGGUCUGUCAGUAAGCUCCAACCUGGAACAAGCCAUUUAUUCAAGGUUCUUGCAUUUCAUCCUGAGGAGAACUGGUUUUCUGAAAGUGUUAAUGUUGUUGCAAAAACUUUUGAGACCCCACCUCCACCUGUCGACAUAGUGCCCAGAAAUACCAGCUUGCAGCUCAAAUGGAGAGCUCCUCUGCACGUCAAUGAAACCAGCUUCUGGUUUGAGCUGGCUAAGUGGCAAACAAAAGGUGGCUGGUUUUCUCCUGCAAGCACUACCUGCACUUCAGACCUGGUUUACACGUGCAAUCUCACAGGAACUCUUCCUUCAACCAGCUACCUUGUAAGAGUAAGAGUAGUUUACAUUACAGGAGUGAAAAGCACUUCCUCUUCAACAGGCUUUAAAACUACAGCUGGUGUUCCCAGCAAGCCAGGAGUUCCAAAAAAGGCAGAAGACAGUAAAAACUCUAUACGGUGGGCAAAGGCCGAUGACAAUGGAAGCAACCUGACCUACUACAUCUUAGAAAGCAGGAAGCAGCUUGGCAACACCAGCAAAGUGGAGUCCUUGUGGGAGGUGGUUUACAAUGGCUCCUGUGCCAGUAUUUGUAUCUGGAAGGCUGAGAACUUAGAAGGAACUUUCCAGUUCAGAGCGGCGGCUGCAAAUAUGUUGGGACUUGGGGAAUACAGUGAUACAAGUGAGGAUAUAAUCUUGGGUGGAGAUACUAUGAUCUCCCCAGAGAGCAUCAUUACCAUCGUUUUUGUGAUUGGAGUGGUGGUGCUGGGCUUAACUCUGGUCACGCUGUUUGCUUUCGUAUGGCACCAGAGAUGGAAAUCCAGAAAACAAGCCUUGCCUGGACAUAUAGUGUUUAUGCAAGAAGAUAAAGAACUAGCUCAUCUGAGAGGGAUAGCUGAAACAGUAGGACUAGCCAAUGCUUGUUACGCUGUAAGCACUCUUCCUUCUCAGGCAGAGAUUGAAUCAUUGCCAGCUUUCCCUCGGGACAAACUGAACUUACACAAAUUGUUAGGAAGUGGAGCAUUUGGAGAGGUGUACGAAGGGACUGCAGUAGAUAUCCUGGCAGAUGGAAGUGGAGAAUCCAGAGUAGCAGUCAAGACCUUGAAGAAAGGUGCAACAGACCACGAGAAGAGCGAAUUCUUGAAGGAGGCACACCUAAUGAGUAAAUUUGAUCACCCACACAUUCUGAAGCUGCUUGGUGUGUGCCUGCUGAAUGAACCUCAGUACAUAAUAUUGGAGCUGAUGGAAGGAGGGGAUCUACUUAGCUAUUUACGAGGAGCCAGAAAGCAAAAGCUCCAGCAUCCCUUGCUGACAGUGACUGACCUCUUGGAUAUCUGUUUGGAUAUUUGCAAAGGCUGUGUCUAUUUAGAGAAAAUGCAUUUUAUUCACAGGGACCUGGCUGCUCGCAACUGCCUUGUGUCUGAGAAGCACUAUGGGAGCUCCUCCCGGGUGGUAAAGAUUGGGGAUUUUGGCCUGGCCAGAGACAUCUACAAAAAUGAUUAUUACAGGAAAAGAGGAGAAGGCCUCCUCCCUGUCAGAUGGAUGGCUCCUGAAAGCCUCAUCGAUGGUGUCUUUACAAGCAGCUCUGACGUCUGGUCUUUUGGGGUCUUACUAUGGGAAACAUUAACUCUGGGUCAACAACCAUAUCCAGGUUUCUCCAAUACAGAAGUUGUACACCAUGUACGAUCAGGAGGAAGGCUGGAAUCUCCAAACAAUUGUCCUGAUGACCUAUGUGAUUUGAUGAAAAGAUGCUGGGCCCAAGAACCUCACAGCAGACCUACUUUCUCCUCUAUUCAGGACAAGCUGCAAGAGAUAAGGCACUCUCCACUGUCCUUAUUUGAAGACAAAGCAGCAGCAAUUGGAAUCAUCAACGCAGCUUUUGAAGACAGCGAUGCUCCAGGUGCAGAUUCUGACAGUAUUAUUUCAGCCAUGCUAAUGGAAACAAGGAAUCAAGAGGGCCUAAAUUAUCUGGUAAUAGUCAAAGAAGGCAACCAAGAUCAAGGAAGCAUCAAUUCUGCUGAACUUAGUUAAGGCUGGUUUCCUCUGUUUGAA